AAGGCACUUCCCAUGUUGCUGUGUUAAUCUGUGAGCGGUGGAGCAGCUGUUUGUGCUCGGCCGGUGAUAGGAGUGGACCGCUGUAACCGAAACAAGCAUCAUGUCAGAGUUGACCGGGAAGGUCCAGACUGUCCUUGGUCUAGUGGAUCCAGACCAGCUGGGCCGCACUAUGACCCAUGAGCACCUGACCAUGAGCUUCGAGUGCUGCUACUUCCCACCUCCUCCAGGUGAUGAGACGGUGGCGGAGAACCCGUUCCAGAUGCAGCACAUGCACUGGCUGAGACAGAACCCCUACAGCUGCCACGAGAACUUGCUCCUGCAGCAGGAGACCGGCGCCGUCCGGGACGAGCUGCUGGCCUACAGGAAGGCCGGCGGGGGCACGAUAGUGGAGAACACCACCACGGGCAUCGACCGGGACCUGCCCACCCUCCGGCAGCUGGCCAAGGACACCGGGGUCCACAUCAUCGCAGGAGCAGGCUACUAUGUGGACUGCACCCACACUGAGGCCACCAAGAAAAUGAGUGUGGAGAAGCUCACAGACAUCAUCGUCAGUGAGGUGCUUCACGGCGCAGACGGGACAGACAUCCGCUGCGGUGUGAUUGGAGAGAUUGGCACCGGCUGGCCCAUCACAGAGAGCGAAAAGAAGGUGCUGAGGGCCACGGCUCACGCUCAGGCUCAGCUCGGCUGCCCCGUCAUCAUUCAUCCCGGCAGAAAUCCUGCCGCUCCGGCUGAAGUCGUCCGGAUUCUCCAGGAGGCCGGUGGUGACAUCAGCAAAACUGUCAUGUCUCACCUGGACAGGACUAUAUUUGAUGAGGGUGAACUGCUUGAGUUUGCCAAACUGGGGAGUUACCUGGAGUAUGAUCUGUUUGGAACGGAGAUGCUGAACUACCCGUAUAACCUGGAGGUGGACAUGCCCAGUGACAUCCAGAGAGUUAAAGCCUUGGCGUUCCUGGUAAAGGAGGGCUACGAGGACAAGAUUGUGGUCGCACAUGACAUCCACACCAAGAACCGCCUGACCAAGUACGGAGGCCACGGCUACUCUCACAUCCUGAAGAACAUUGUGCCGAAGAUGCUGAUGAGGGGCAUCUCGCAGCACCAGGUGGAUAAGAUUCUCAUCAACAACCCGAAACACUGGCUGACCUUCAACUAAAACAAACAAAAAAAAAAAGAGAA